ACUUUCUCUAGCAAGCAACACAUUGUCGCGAAGCACAAAAAUGGCCUCCCUCAAUGGCGCGCCUGAAGAUACCGUGGCGCCCGGCCUUGUCGAUACGUCCAUCACCAAGGAGGGCUUCAAGAUCACCACGCGCAAACUACCUAUCCUAAAGGCUGGCCCGAUAGAAGAAAUGACCAAGAAGCUAGGAAUAGCGCCCCCUGAAAUGAUAUUUGGAGACAACUUGGUCCGGAUAGAAAACAUCGAGAGUGGCUGGUACAUUGAGUUCAAUGCAUUCGAUGCGCUGGACCGGGUCGACAAGACGGGCGAGAAAAUGUUCAAGGUCUCAUACUCGAAAGAGUGGCAGCAGAACCGACAGAAGCAGUUUGAGGACAUCAAGGAAGUUGUAAAGCCCUUUGACUGGUCUUACAGCACCGACUACAAGGGCACCACACCCCCAACUCCAGCCUUCGAGCCCACCGAGACGCCAAUACCGCUCGCCCUUCUCAAACGCCCCGAUCCCAUCCAAUUCUUCGAUGAAUUAGUACUCUACGAAGACGAACUCGCAGACAAUGGUAUUGCCAUGCUAUCCUGCAAGAUCCGCGUCAUGCCACAACGGUUACUGUUGCUAGUACGCUUCUUCAUGCGACUAGACGAUGUGGUAUUCAGGAUACGGGAUACACGCAUCUUUGUAGAGUUUGGAGACAAGGUCAUCCUAAGGGAAUACACGGCAAGGGAAGAAAAGUACGAGGACGUACGGAAGAAGUUGGCGGGUAGGAAGGAAGAUGUGCUUGCUAUUAUGCGCGACCCAAAUCGCUUGGCAGAGCAUAUUCCUAUUGUCGAACACACUCUGGAAGGACUACAGUUGAAUACCCAAAGGGCAUAUCAUCUUGCCAUCUCCUACAAGCCGGUUAGGGCGAAUACACAAAUCUAUUCAGGCCAAAAAACAGUCAGGGAUCGGUUGCGAUUGCCUGUCUUGACGAUUAUUUUGGUCCGCGAUCGACAGGCACUUGCUAAUUUCGGACGACUGUCCGUCCGGAAUCCGUCGGAACACACCUACCGUACCCUGCAGCUCGCUAUUCGGUCUUCUUUCACACAUGCCUUUGCUCGUGUUUCCCAGGAGCCCGGUGAGUCGGAGGGUACAAUUCCUGUGUCACCCGGCGAUUUCAAAGUGUUGAGAGAUUCGUAUCGACGGUGUGAGAUGAGGCAGUUUGUUGCAACACAUCAUGGCCGCCCCACACUCCAACGGCGAGCCCUUCAUGUCGAGCACUUCAAAUUCACAACAAAAUACUUCCCACAUACCCAUCGGAAGGCAUUACCAGGACAGCCUCAGGCCGCGAGACGUACUUUCCUGAUGGCCCACGAGGAGGUUAUACAGCUAGCGCAAGUCAGCACUGGAAGUUCAUCCAACUCAUCACAAACCCACGUCGGGCAAAAUGGCUUUCCAUCGAAAACAAAGGGGGAGAUUUCCUCGUCCGGCUCCUACGAAGCAGCCCCUGGAACACUUCAACGACAACCCACACGACCCGAGAUCGACGACGAGGGAAGGCGAGAGCUGGUCCGUAUCUUCUCAACAGCUUCCCCCGUGACACGCCAGAUGAGCGUUGCACAGCCUGGAGACCCAACCGUAGAUCCCAGCAGUGAUGCAUUCGAUCUCACCAAAUUCCUGCAUAUGUUCCGGAACCAGCUUGAGGGCGAGGGUGUUGAGAUGAAGAAGCUCAAUGUCGUCUACAAGAACUUGAACGUCUUCGGCUCUGGCAAGGCCCUUCAACUUCAGGACACUGUUACAGACCUCUUUCUUGCACCAUUCCGUGCCAAGGAGUAUUUUGGAAAGUCAGAGCGCAAGCAGAUCUUGCAUGACUUCGAUGGUAUUAUCCGAUCUGGCGAGCUCUGCGUAGUACUGGGACGCCCGGGCUCAGGUUGCUCAACGCUUUUGAAAGCGCUGACGGGUGAGCUGCACGGCCUGGAUGCCGAUGACUCGAUAAUCCACUACAACGGUAUCCCACAGUCGCGUAUGGUCAAGGAGUUCAAGGGCGAGACAGUAUACAACCAGGAAGUCGACAAGCACUUUCCUCACCUGACUGUGGGUCAGACACUCGAGUUCGCCGCUGCUGUACGAACACCUUCAAAUCGACCACUUGGUAUGAGCAGAGAUGAAUAUGCCAAGUUUAUGGCCCGUAUGGUCAUGGCGGUUCUCGGUCUGAGCCAUACGUACAACACCAAGGUCGGAAGUGACUUUGUACGUGGUGUUUCAGGUGGUGAACGAAAGCGCGUCUCUGUCGCGGAGAUGAUGCUUGCUGGAUCUCCCUUCGCCAGUUGGGACAACUCGACUCGUGGACUGGACUCUGCUACAGCAUUAAAGUUCGUGCGAGCACUAAGAGUCGGUGCCGACAUGACUGGCGGUACGUGUGCAGUUGCCAUCUACCAGGCUAGUCAAAGUGUCUACGAUUGCUUCGACAAGGCCACCGUACUUUAUGAGGGCCGUCAAAUCUACUUCGGACCCGCCAACGAAGCUAGGGGCUAUUUCGAGCGACAAGGAUGGUAUUGCCCACCUCGACAGACUACUGGAGAUUUCCUAACCGCCAUUACCAACCCGCUCGAACGACAAGCGAGAAAAGAUAUGAAGGACCAGGUACCUCGCACCCCCGAAGACUUUGAGAAGUACUGGCGGAACUCGCCUGAGUACAGGGCUCUGCUUGAAGACAUCAAGGACUUUGAAGCUGAGAACCCUAUCAACGAGAAUGGUGGUCUCCAGCAACUGCGCCAGCAGAAGAACUAUACCCAGGCCAAGGGAGCUCGCCCAAAGUCGCCAUACCUCAUCAGCGUUCCCAUGCAGAUCAAGUUGAACACACGGCGAGCCUACCACCGCAUUAUGGGCGACAUCGCCUCGACUGCCACACAAGUUGUUCUCAAUGUCAUCAUCGCUCUUAUCGUCGGUUCCAUCUUCUUCGGUUCUUCCAAGGGAUCCAACUCAUUCCAAGGCCGUGGUUCCGCCAUCUUUCUGGCCAUCUUGUUCAAUGCCCUGACAUCUAUCGGUGAAAUUUCUGGUCUCUACGCCCAACGUCCUGUUGUCGAAAAACAUAACUCAUACGCAUUCUACCAUCCUGCGACCGAAGCAAUCGCCGGAGUUGUCAUGGACAUGCCCGUCAAGUUUGCUAAUGCCGUUGUUUUCAACAUUAUUCUGUACUUCUUGGCCCGGUUGAGAACUACCCCUGGACAAUUCUUCAUCUUCUUCCUGGUCACAUACAUUGUCACCUUCGUCAUGGUUGCCAUUUUUAGGACAACUGCCGCGGUUACAAAAACAGCAUCACAAGCAAUGGCUGGAGCUGGUGUUUUGAUUCUUGUACUCGUCGUCUACACUGGUUUUGUCGUCCGUAUACCGUCGAUGCCUAAAUGGUUUGGGUGGAUGAGAUGGAUAAACCCCAUCUUCUAUGCCUUUGAGAUCUUGAUGGCGAACGAGUUCCACGGAGUCGAGUUUCCCUGCGAUCGUACCAUCCCUUCAGGCGCAGGAUACACACAGGAUGGCGGCAACUUCAUCUGCGACGCGCAGGGUGCGAUUGCUGGGCAAAACUUUGUCAGCGGCGACAGGUUCAUUGCAGCGGCAUACCAAUACACUUGGAGCCAUGUAUGGCGUAACUUUGGCAUUCUUUGCGCAUUCUUGAUCUUCUUCAUGGUCACUUACUUCGUCGCCGUCGAAGUCAACUCAUCCACUACCAACACCGCCGAGCAACUCGUCUUCCGUCGCGGACACGUUCCAGCUCACCUCCAAUCCGGCGACAAAGCUUCCGACGAGGAAUCUGGCGAGACUAGACAAGGAGGUCAAGACGCUCCGGGUGACAUCAGCGCCAUCGAAGAGCAAAAGGGUAUCUUCACUUGGAGAGAUGUCGUCUACGAUAUUGAGAUCAAGGGCGAACCCCGCCGGUUGCUCGACCACGUUUCUGGUUUCGUCAAGCCUGGUACUAUGACUGCACUUAUGGGUGUCUCGGGUGCUGGAAAGACCACACUUCUCGAUGUUCUGGCACAACGGACUACCAUGGGUGUCAUCACUGGUGACAUGUUUGUCAAUGGCAAGCCUCUCGAUCCUGCGUUUCAACGUUCAACUGGUUAUGUCCAGCAACAGGAUCUCCAUCUCGAAACCUCUACCGUCCGCGAAGCACUACAGUUUUCUGCUAUGCUCCGUCAGCCCAAGUCUGUCAGCAAGCAGGAAAAGCACGACUAUGUUGAGGAGGUUAUUAAGAUGCUUAACAUGUCCGAUUUCGCUGAGGCUGUUGUCGGUGUUCCAGGAGAGGGUCUGAACGUCGAGCAGCGUAAGCUGUUGACGAUUGGUGUUGAGCUUGCCGCAAAGCCCAAACUUCUCCUGUUCCUCGACGAACCUACGUCCGGUCUUGACUCACAGAGUUCCUGGUCCAUCAUCUCAUUCCUCAAGAGACUCAGCUCCGCCGGACAAGCCAUCCUCUGCACGAUCCAUCAGCCCAGCGCUAUCCUCUUCCAAGAAUUCGAUCGCCUCCUCUUCCUCGCCCGUGGCGGUAAAACUGUCUACUUUGGCGAGCUCGGCGAGAACUCACGCAGGCUCCUGGACUACUUUGAGAACAACGGCGCAAGGCAAUGCGGCGAAGACGAGAACCCAGCCGAGUACAUGUUGGAAAUCGUCAACGCUGGCCAGAACAAUAAUGGAAAAGAUUGGUUCGAAGUCUGGAAGGAUAGCGAAGAAGCUCAGGGCGUCCAGCGCGAGAUUGACCGACUCCACGAGUCGAAGAAACACGAAGACCUCAAUCUGGCCGCGGAAACCGGUGGUGAAUUCGCCAUGCCACUCACCACGCAAAUCGUCGAAUGUACUUACCGCGCCUUCCAACAAUACUGGCGCAUGCCCAGCUACGUCUUUGCCAAGUUUGGUCUGGUCUCCAUUGCCGGCCUGUUCAUUGGUUUCUCCUUCUGGAAGGCCGACGGCACAAAAGCAGGCAUGCAAAACAUCAUCCUCAGCGUCUUCAUGGUCACCACAAUCUUCUCGUCGCUCGUACAGCAGAUCCAACCCCUCUUCAUCACCCAACGCUCUCUGUACGAAUCGCGCGAAAGGCCGUCCAAGGCAUACAGCUGGUCCGCUUUCAUGCUCGCCAACAUUGUCGUGGAAAUCCCCUACGGUAUCGUCGCCGGUAUCCUCACCUUCGCCUCGUUCUACUACCCUGUCGUCGGCGCAGGCCAAUCCAGCGAACGCCAGGGCCUUGUCCUCUUAUUCUUCAUCCAGCUCUUGCUUUUCACGUCCACCUUCGCCGCCAUGACCAUUGCCACUCUUCCCAAUGCGGAAACGGCUUCUGGACUCGUCUCCCUACUUACGAUCAUGAGCAUCCUGUUCAACGGUGUGCUGCAGACGCCUAGCCAACUGCCCAAGUUCUGGAUGUUCAUGUACCGCGUCAGUCCGUUUACCUACUGGGUCGGCGGUAUGACGACUUCGAUGGUCGGCGGCCGCCCCAUUGUCUGCAGCGCGAGUGAAGUCUCGGUCUUGAGCCCCCCGUCUGGACAGACGUGUGGCCAGUACCUAAACGCGUUUGUCAAUGCGACUGGUGGCGCGCUGCAGAACCCAGAUGCCACGGCCGACUGCCGGUACUGUUCUUACACCAACGCAGACCAGUUCCUGGCUACCGUGUCGCUCUAUUACACCGAGAGGUGGCGCAAUUUCGGUAUCAUGUUUGCGUAUAUCUUCUUCAAUAUUUUUGUGGCGGUUGCUACUUAUUACCUCUUCCGCGUCGCCAAUCUCAGUCAGAUUGUGGCGUCGUUCAAGAAGUCAAAGAAGUCAAAGGGUGGUAGCAAGGCGGGAGAGGGUGUGGAGAUGGCGGCGCAGCAGGGUGCUCAUCCGGGGAAUAGGAGUGGCGAGAAGGAUGCUUGA